AUGGAGACAAAACUAUUUGUGAACCUGGUGGUCCUGCACUGCACGCUGCAGAACCUCUUACCAGAGGCCAGCAGGACCCUGCUCCACGCCUUCAGUAGGGAGCCUCUCCACACUCAGAGUUAUGCUUCGCAGUCGGUCGCAGUUAUUAUCAAACACACCUUUGACGGCCACACCAACAAUGGUGGCUACUACGCCAGCCUUGAGCUCUCCGAGGGCACCUGGUCCUACACCAACCCCUACAGCGACGGCAACAAGCAGAUCUUCGUCUACUUUGACCCCAUGCACCUUUGGAAGAACAUCUACAGCAGCUUCCACAGCAACAGUUAUAUGGUACUGCCCAGGUGCCCUGGGGCUGAAGAGCCUGAGAGCAUGAGGAUGGCCCGAUUAUCAAGCCUGAAGGUGUUGGCCAGCUGGGGGAACUACUUGUCUGUCAAGGCCAGCUACAAGUUGAUCCAGAAGGUGCUGGCGCGCUCUUUGAUCAAGAAACAAAGCAUUGGGCUCAUCAUGUCGGCGGUCAACCCCUACACUGUCACCGGGCUGAGGCUCCUCGCCAUGACCACGGGCAAGGAGAAACAAAAGGAAUCUAACGUGCCAGGAGGGCCACAGGCUGGUAAACACCAUUCUGCCACACAUCAGCAGGUCCCUCUUCAACUGUUUUGGUGUGAACUUCUCCAAGGAUGUGACUUCAUUCUCCAAGGAUGUGACUUCAGAAGCGAGGAAGAACAAGGUCUUGCAGUGGCCAACCGGCUGGAAGAAGAGCAAUGUUGAAGAGGACAAAAAGGAGACU